UUUUUCGCCUUUCCGGCAGGGGGCGGUAAGAGCUCCAACAGACACACGGACGUAGCAUCGCGGCGCAGAAGGAAAUACUGGGUAAUUGUUGGAUUUAGACUGUUCACGCGAGUGGGUAUUUCUUCGUCUUCGUCGGUCUGUUUGUCUACUGUAAAGUGGCGAAAACAUGAACAACUAUGGCAUUGAAGGGACGGAAAGGUUUGAAAGUCCGAGCAGAGGCCGCGGUUUGCGGGCGCUGCGGCACUUUGCUGUGGGAGAACUGGUGUUCGUCUGCCCCGCUUACUCCUCCGUGCUGACUGUAACCGAAAGAGGGGCACAUUGUGAGCACUGUUUCACCAGGAAAGAAGACCUUUCUAAGUGUGGCAAAUGUAAACAGGCUUACUACUGCAAUGUUGACUGUCAGAGAGGCGAUUGGUCUAUGCACAAGCUGGAGUGUUCAGCCAUGUGUGCCUCUGGAGAGAAUUGGUGCCCAUCAGAGACGGUUCGACUCGUGGCCAGAAUGAUCAUGAAACAAAAAACAACAACAGAGCGCACCCCGUCAGAAAGGCUAUUUCUGCUCAGAGAGUUUGAAUCCCACCUAGAUAAGUUGGACAGUGAGAAGGAUGAGAUGAUCCAGGCGGACAUUCUUGCGCUCCAUCACUUUUACUCCAGACACAUAAGUGACCUGCCUGAUAAUCAAUCUCUCAGUGAGCUGUUUGCACAGGUUAACUGUAAUGGCUUUACUAUCGAGGAUGAGGAACUUUCCCAUCUGGGAUCGGCAGUUUUCCCUGAUGUCGCUCUAAUGAACCACAGCUGCAGCCCUAAUGUUAUCGUGACCUAUAAGGGCACAGUGGCUGAGGUCAGAGCUGUUACAGAGAUAAACCCCGGAGAAGAGGUUUUUAACAGUUACAUCGACUUGCUUUAUCCAACAGAGGACAGGAGAGAGAGACUGUUGGAUUCCUACUUCUUUACAUGCCAGUGUACCGAGUGCACAACAAAGUCUAAGGACAAAGCCAAAAUGGUAACCAGGAAGCUGAGCACUCCUUCAAAGCCGGAGGAAAUUGAGCAAAUGAUCCAGUAUGCCAAGAAUGUGAUUGAGGAAUUUAGGAGAGCCAAACACUACAAAACUCCCAGUGAGCUGCUGGAAAUGUGUGAGCUCAGCAUGGAGAAAAUGGCCACUGUAUUUGGAGACACCAAUGUCUACAUGCUGCACAUGAUGUAUCAGGCCAUGGGUGUCUGCCUUUAUAUGCAGGAUUGGGACGGAGCUAUGACCUACGGAGAAAAGAUCAUUCAGCCGUACAGUGUAUACUACCCCGCCUACUCUCUGAACGUGGCAUCCAUGUAUCUGAAACUGGGACGAUUAUAUUUGGGACUGGAAAAAAAGACACAAGGACUGAAAGCUCUGCAGAAGGCUCUGGCCAUAAUGGAAGUGGCUCAUGGGAAAGAUCAUCAAUAUGUUGCCGAGGUCAAACAUGAAAUUGAGGAGCAGAAAUAACGACUGCGCAGCCUAAAAGCAACAGAUAAGAAACCUCCUGCAGAGACGAGAAAAACACACAGCGCAACUGCAUGGAUUUUGCAUGCACCUUAAACCUGUGUGUUGUCAUGCUGAUUACAGGUGUGACUGGAUUUUUUGGAUUACAUUAGUACAUUAUGGGUUGCAUUACAGAUGAGAUAGAAAAUGGUCUACACUCUAUUUAUUUUAAUUUAAUAUUGUGUCUGUAUACUUACACUUUACCAGUUAUCAGGAGAUAAUUGUCUUUUGUUGGGUUUUUUUGUUUUUGUUUUUUUUUUUUUUUUCAUAUCAGCCUUUUAAAACCAAAACAACAGCAACUGAUGUAACUGUCACAGAAACGGCUGUUAAAGUUUGAAUGGAAACUAAUGUUUGUGGCGUUUGUAAACUGCUUUUCUUACUGACAUAAUUUCUAUAAAAUAACCUAAAGUUAGGGAUGGCUCAAUCCGAUACUCAGGAUGGGUGUCGGUAAAAAUAUUGGUCUGAAUUUCAGGAUCAAACAUUGAAAAAUAAACUAUAGCUUAUCCGAUCCGAUACCUAAGCCCAAAUGCUCAACUUAACUUUGCGUGACAUGCCAUAAAACCGGGACACUAUUUCCUCAGCAAUGGCAGGCCACGGCAUGCUGGAGGAGAAAAGAAAGCCUAAGAUUUAUAUCAGUAUCGGCAGAUAAUCCGAUGUGCUGUAUCAGUUUCGGGCCAUCGCUAAUCUAGCCGCUCUUUGGUAAUGGAAAAUGAUCAGUAUGACUAAUACUAGUCCUGAUGUAGCAUUACAUUAAAGCAAAGAUGUCAAUUAGUAAUCAUUUCGUUAUGCAUCUAAAUUGUACUUUUUAAUGUCUUAAUAGAACUAUGCGUUUUCUUAUUAGUCAGGCGGUUUCCCGUGAGUCUUUAAACGCAACACUGCCAGAGAAACAGAGUUAUAUUUUUUCUUGUUUGUCUUAGCCAUGUUGUUUCUCCACAAAGUGUGUUAUUAUAUAAACACAAAUAUUUGCUCAAUUUCCCAUAGGUAAACUGUUCAGCAGAUGUUUAGUGUACUUUUUUUUUUUUAAAAAAGGGUCUGCUUCUUUUUCAGCAUGAAAUGGGAAACUUGUACAAUGCACAAUUUAAAUCUGAGCCUUUGAUAAUUUGACAUGUAAAUUAAAUACAUGUGAGUA